UCAUCUAAGUUGUAUUGCUCCUCCUUGUCUGUGCACCAAGUGGCUUUAGGUAUGUUACGGAAACAAUUGAAAAAUGAUAGCAGAAUUUUUAUAUAGUCUGAUUAUUAAGUGAUUAUAAUUUAACCGUAUUUCUAAUUAUUUCCGUAUAAAACGUCGAUUUCGCCAGCUGUUUACUCGAUGCCGUGCUGAUUGGCCUGCGUCGCUGUUCCUUCAUCUUAACGCGCACUGGUCCUGCGCAGAUCGGCUCUCGAUGAAGUCCCUGAACGGUCCGUCGGAAACGUCACUUCCGUCCUCCGGUCAAACUCAGUUUUGUAACAUUUCAGCUUCUAGAGUUUGAAUACGUUGUUUUUCUUUUGAAUACACAUUUUUGGUAGCGCUUAGACACACUCGAGCCUUGAAGUAGCGAUAUGAAUACUUUUGCUUCUGUCUGACGCAGUAAGGCUUCCUUUCGUUCAGAGGUUCGCGCUGGUUAGCAAGUUAGCAAGCUGGUUAGCAAGUAGCAAGCUGAUUGCUAGGUAACGUCUGCUGACAACGGACCUACGCGGGAUGUGACUGACAGCCUUCAGUAACCCUCACUUCUGACAGUUACUCAGUUGAUUUUUGUGUCAGGUAGCUGCUUACUUACGAGUCAUGUGUUAUACGAAGACGGACAUCUAACUAACACUGGGGCCAAGAAUGGAGAAUUCAGAGACCAGUCCAUCAUCAGGGCCCCUGGCAGGGCCAGACAGAAGCAUGGGGCAACCCCCAGCCCCCUCUGGUCAGCUGUCAGAGUCAGCCAGGCCCUCCAAACACCGGGAGCACCCGCCCAAGUCACCAAGGAGACGUCGGAAAGGGACAAGGUUGCAGCAGCGGGGGGGUAAUCAUGAACAGCUGCUGUGGGAGAUCGAGCGGCGGAGGUUACCAGGCCAACACGAGCACUUGGAGCCCUCUGGCUCGGCGAGCGACCCAGCAGAAAGCUCUCCUAAGAGGAGAGCCCACUUUCUACAUGGACCGUACCCAGCCACUCACUUCGGACCCAAAGCCUGCAUUCUUCCCAACCCAACUUCAGUCAUGCACAUCCAGGACCCAGCCAGCCAGCGGCUCACUUGGAAUAAACCUCCUGUCAACGUGCUUGUCAUCAGGAAAAUCAGAGAUGAGAGCCUCGUUGAGCCUUUCAAAGAGCUCUGCAGGUUUCUAGUGGAGGAGAAGCAGAUGAUGGUGUACGUGGAGCGCAGGGUGGCAGACGAUGCUACGCUGUCAAAGGAUGAGGCGUUCGGCUCCAUCCGCAAUCAGCUCUGUACCUUCAGAGAGGGUUACGAUGACAUCUCUGACUGCAUAGACCUGAUCAUCUGUCUGGGUGGAGAUGGGACUCUGCUCUACGCCUCCUCUCUCUUCCAGGGCAGCGUCCCUCCGGUUAUGGCAUUUCACCUCGGGUCUCUGGGUUUCCUGACGCCCUUCAAAUUUGAGUCCUACAAGACUGAAGUGGCCAAAGUGUUUGAAGGCAAUGCAGCCAUCACACUGCGCAGUCGUCUGAAGGUGAAGGUGGUGAAGGACAUGCUUCAGAGGGCAGGUCAGCCGCCGUACACCCGAGAGACGCUGCUGCAGCAGCAGCAGCAGCAGCAGCAGGAACACAACGGACUCCUUCCUCAUGGACACACCAACAGUGAGGCAGGCAAAGUCACCCUGCAGCUACAGGUGUUGAAUGAGGUGGUGGUGGACCGAGGCCCGUCCUCCUACCUGUCCAAUGUGGACUUGUACCUGGACGGACGACUCAUCACCUCAGUGCAGGGGGACGGUGUGAUCGUGUCCACACCUACAGGCAGCACAGCAUAUGCAGCCGCAGCAGGAGCCUCUAUGAUCCACCCCAACGUGCCGGCCAUCAUGGUUACCCCAAUCUGCCCGCAUUCGCUCUCCUUCAGGCCCAUCGUCGUCCCUGCUGGGGUGGAGCUCAUGAUCACCUUGUCUCCCGAUGCCAGGAACACCGCCUGGGUGUCCUUUGAUGGCAGGAAGAGGCAGGAGAUCCAACACGGAGACUGCAUAAAGAUAACUACAUCUUGUUACCCAGUGCCUUCCAUCUGUUGCCACGACCUGGUGUACGACUGGUUCGAAAGCCUGGCUCAGUGUUUGCACUGGAACGUGCGCAAGAGGCAGGCGCGACUGGCGGACAUCUCGGACUCAUCAGACACAGAAAACUGAAUCAGCAGGUUUGCUUUUACCAACCAGGAGUUCACCACAAAAAUAUUUUCAUGGCAGGAGCGAUACAUUGCGAGAACCUGAGCACGUGUAGCUACAGCCCCAUUAGUUUACAUUAGGACUAUGAAUAGUUUGUGCAAUGAGCAUACUGUGUAUACAGUAUUUUAUAUAGUCAUACAUGUGAGGAAGCAUUACAUUCCAGUACAAACACACUGGAGGGGGGGGGGGGGGGGUGCCAAUUGGAGUUAUUUAAAUGAUUACGGUGUAUUCUGAAUAAGUACUGUAUGGACUUCAUCAUCAAUGCAAUGAUCAGUGUGUAAACUCUAGGUGUUACUGGUGUAAACUCAGAAGGAUAUUUAGAGAAACAGAUGAAUAAUGUAAAUGUGUACAUACAGGAUUCCAGGAUAAAUUUAUUUAAUGUCAUAUUUAUGUGAUAUUUAUAUAUUUUUAAGAUAGGAGCAUAAAAAGCCUGAAUUAGAACUGAAUUUCCAUUACUAAUUCAGCCAAAGACUGCUGUGAGUGACUGUCCUGUACAGACGUAUUGUCCAAUCCAGAGCCGACUUUCUGUACUUCCUACCAGUAGCUGUCGUUCGUUAGUUUUUUUUCAACCACUUUUGGAACAUUUCUGCCAGAGUGAAAUUAUUUAAGUCCGAUUGCAUGAUGUAGAACAAAACAAAAUGAGAACGAGGUGGAGAAAUUUCAUGAUCUUUUAACUGUGAGUCUGUAGCAGAGCUAAAAUAAACUGAAUAAUGGCUAUCUUUUUUUUUUUUUACAUUAAAUAAUGUUUUUUCCACUCCCUUCAUUUGGAUUAAUACUGCUGAAAUGCCUGCAGCAGAUCUGCAGGUCAGAAGGUCUUUUGUGAAUCACCAGUGAGCAGAUUAUACAGUAUUUACUUUUAUUGACGAAUGCAGGAAGAUGUUUUCAUAAUGAGUUUUUUCCCCACUAAGGAUCAUGACAGUGACAAAAGAAAAGAUACACUGCAGGAACAUAUGACCAUACUUGUGUGCUUUCUAUAUUUUUAUUGCAAUGAUAAGAUACAGAUAUAUUUCCAGACAUCCAGUUUUAUUAAAUUAUACUCCAAUAUUGCAUGUGACAGUCUUCAGAAUGACAUUAAUCUGAAUGUGGACAACCAGGCGAUCAAAAGACACAUUUUGACCAGAUAAAUCAUGGAUGUUUUACAGUUUUACUUUUUAUUUCCCUCAGAAAUGUGCGAUGAGAAGCAGCAGCACAGAGAAGAAUACUACAAUAUACAACAGACCGAUACUGUGCAACAGUCAAGAACAGUUUGGGAGAAUAACCUUUUUUUUUUUUUCCUCAUUUGUGAAAUAUUUCUGCAAAUAUUGAGAGUAUAUCGACUGGUAAUGCAGGACACAGAGAUGCACUUUGCCCAUUUGGUGAAGAGAGAGGGGG